AUGUUUAUAGUUCAGUCAAUACCAAGAAAUCUUAAAAACAUUAUCAAAAAUCAAAUCAACGUGCAAAAUGAGUUGCAAUGGAUAAUUCAUUCUGGCUGUAAUAGCAAAAAUAUUUGCUUUUCUCCGCCGGGGAUUACAGCUGCAAAAUUGGAUCGAAGAACUCUUCCUUUUGACCUUAAGCUUAGAUGGCUCGAAAGCUAUUCAUUUGCACAAUUAGAUGUAGAAAAUGCCAUCUCUAAUCAAACCGAUGAAACAUUAGAUUUAUUGGCACGUGGGCCUACACCUAGAUUCAAAUAUCUUAUAAUACUUGAUGUUCUGGACAGGCUUGAUCAUAAUGGGUCUAUUAUCAAUUUCUUGGAAGCGACACCAACAUUUAAAAUGUCUCGCAUCCCAACCUAA